AUGACGUCAUCUUCGUUCCCAGAACCUUUAGGUCUACUGCGCGGUACGAGGUUAUAAGAGUGAGUGUCUGUCUUCGAAUUGAUCAGAAGCUGGUGAAGUCGUUGGAGGUAAAAGCAAUAUAUUUUUCAAGCAAGACUAUCCAGGUAAAUGUUAGUUUUGAUUAUGUAUGUAAUAUCAGGCUAGACAAAUUCAUGCAGCAGUUAUGACUUGCACUAAAGCCUGACUUCCACUUCAUCAGUGUAACAGUCGCGAUUAUUUAAAGCUAGCCGUUGUGAUAGAGUUUUUAUCAGUCUGUAGAAAGGUUUUAGUAUAUGAAAUUUUUGAACGAAUUCAGGUAAUAUACGUAUUUUAGACCUAACGGGAGCAGCUUCGAAAAAAUGCAACCAUGGGCCUACGACAGCAAGCGAACCCGUCGCUCUGCGAUUUCAAUGCAGAUUCGAGCAUUAAUCACAAGUUCAUAUAUGUAUAUAUACUAAGGUGAUGCCAGUGAAACUGUAAAUAUUCGAGAUUAUAGGCAUCUUACUCGACAGAGCUGAAUAUUGAAGGUUUUUGUUGAUGGAAAUUCCAAGGGAGAAUUAUACAUUCUGUUUAAUUUUUUUUUUUUUUGGGGGGGGGUUAUAUGGGGAUACGCCUUUUCCACUGUAUGGCCACUGUAUGACCACUUGAGGCCACUGUAUGUCCACUAAGCUACAGAGUCCAGUGGCGACAAAGAAUAAGGUAGCAGCAGGGCGAUGUAUUAUAUAUUAUACACCAGUUUUUAGUAUAUAUUUAAGCACUUCAUGUAUUAGCUCUUAUUUCUGACGAAGGUUGUGGCAUGCAACCGAAAAUUUAAUGUAUUAAUCAUAAUUAUAUUUUACUUCGAUUCGUGGUAGAUUUAUAAGUCAUUAAUGUCGCGUCUACCGAGCAGAUCUUUGACAUUUGUUAUAUAUAGCAUUUGUAAAUUCUGAACACGGCUAAGAGCCGUGUUGAUAUAACUCAAUGUCAACAUGGAAACGUCGGAAAAUUUGUUUCUUUGUAUUUCUUUGUGCUAUAUUAUAUUACAAAUAUAAAACUUUUUUCCGUAUUGAUAUAUAGUUAUAUCAACACUCGUGGAAAUUGGGAAAAUUUCUCGUUUUCUCAAUUUCCACUCGUGUUGAUAUAACUGUAUAUCAACACGAAAAAUGUUUUAUAUUUGUUAAAUAUAUAUAUAUAUAUAUAUAUAUAUAUAUAUAUAUAUAUAUAUAUAUAUAUAUAUAUAUAUAUAUAUAUAUAUAUAUAUAUAUAUAUAUAUAUUCACCAAAUUAUCCAUAAGGCUCCUGCCAAUUCUUACACAAAUUAUCCAUAAAUAUACCCUACGUUUUCAGGAAAACUUCAAGAAUUUUACAAAAAAGCGCUAACCCUGCUAUUCCCUCUCCUCUAUUUAGGACUGGCACCUGUACAAUUCAACAUCUUUUAUCUGGACUUUAAAAUAAUUUUACGACAAUAACUUGUGUGUCUAUAGAGACAUAUGUUUUAUUUGCUUGGGAAGUUGUUUUACAAAACAGUACUGAGUAAAGUGAAUACUCAUUGCAUGAUAAGCAAAUUGAAUUGUUGAAACAUUCUAGAAUGUACAGAAAAACCCGUAUCGUAAUCAAGAUUAGAUUGGCUAAUAUUAAUAGGCCAAUUUAUUUGUUAAUUAUAAUUUUUGCUUCUUUUUCUAUUCCAGACAAGAUGCACACAAUUGUACAACUAUUCUUAAUAUCACUUGCCUGCCUCGCAAUUUCCGCUCAUAUUAAAAAAAAAUCGUAUACCCUGAAAGUCACUGAAGAUGUGUGUUUGGAACGAGGCUCCAGCAAUUACAACUACCUUCCAUACCUCCUCAUUGGAACCCAUCCUGGAUACCCAUUGAAAAGAAGUUUACUGAAAUUCCAGAACAUCCCAUGCGAAUGCACCUUUCCUUUAAAGGCAACCUUGCAUAUCUAUUUCGUAUAUGCUCACAAGGCGAGCUUUAUGUCCGUCGCUCAAGUCCCUGCUGUAAAAAGAUACCUAGUAGCGUAUACUGUACUCAAGUCAUGGACCGAAUCGCAAGCGACUAGAACGAAACGAAAUAAGUGGGCCAGGUGGGACAACCAAUGGUUGAAAUUGGGCACGGACGCAGAAUCACUCGCAACCUCUUCUACCACUGUGACACCGACACCAGGUUUGAAAUUAAUUUUAAAUAUUCAAUCACCACAAAGGACUUUCAGGAACUGCGUAACUCCGCCAGCAAAUUCAGUCAAGCAACCGUACAUUUAGCCUUUCUCACGAAGGUCCAAAUCCGCCAUUUUCAGUACUAUUUUAUAAACAACGUAAAAAUCUAAGCAAUGUAAAAAUAAUUUUUCAAAUAUUUAACUAUAAAUCGAUUCAUAAUGAUUAUACUUACAACUAUAAUUAUAGAAAGUUUCAUUUUCACUGUUUGCUAUGCUUGUUCUAAAAAGGGAUGCCACCCAAAAAUAGCGGCGUGAGAAAGGAUAAUUAACAAACCCAGCCAAACAUAUUGCUUCAUUAGUUCAUUUACUUUACAUGAAACACUGACUGACACCUGUAUUCUAAAAGCUCACUCACACUGACUCAAUGAGUAGAAGUUCAAUCUGAGCUUUUCUCGAGUGUCAUUGCUGUUUUCGAAUAGCUGGAGAGCUAGUGUCAUAUCUUACUAUGUGACUACUCACCCUUCAGCUAUUCAAAAACAGCAUUGGCACUCAAGAGAAGCUCACUUUAAACCUCCACUCAUUGAGAUGUGAGUGUGAGUCAGCUUUUAGAAUACGCUGUGCUGAGUGGUUAUAUUACUACCUUAAAAAAUAAGCAGAAACUCGACGUUUCGAGCGAAGGCCCUGCUACUAACUCUUGACAAAGGGCAUUCGCUCGAAACUUCCUGCUAUACUAACUCUUGACGAAGGGUCUUCGCUCGAAACGUCGAGUUUCUGCUUAUUUUUUAAGGUAGUAAUAUAACCAAUCAGCACAGCAUUUUCACUUUGGUACUACCAACACUGGUACAGACAGUUUUAGUACUUUUAGAAUACGGGAGUGACUACCGGUGAUUUAAGUUUAUUGAUCCAGUUCUAAGACUGGAUCAAAAUGCUACAGUAGUUUAAAGUGGAAGUCAACUCCGUUUUGCGCAUUCGUUCGCUCAUAACAAUGUGAGGACCCUCUCAUGUAAACAUUGCCCAAAUUUCGAAUGUUUUGAAUUUUAACACCCUAUUUCAUAUUCAUUUAGAAGCAAAGCAAACCAAAAUGGUGUUAGAUAUUCAGACAGUACAUCAUAUUUUAAAAAAUACAGCAGUAUUUUUUAAAAUAUGGACUUGACGGACUUGACUUCCACGGACUUGACUUCCACUUUAAUUAUAGAACUGAAUCAAAAUUUUAGGACUGGAUUUAAUUCUGGGAUUGGAUCAAAACGACACAAUUAUGAUUUGCCAAAUCCUGGCCAAGUCCCGUACCCAGCAGCAAUAUUGCCGCUGCAAAUGAAUCCUAUUCCUUUUGAUUGAAAUCUCAUUUCCCCAUGCAGUGGACAACAAUAGGCAAAUUCCAGCACCCACUUUACUCUUCUUAACUAUCGACUAUCAAAGAGUUCAGGCAACAACCCAUAUUUAUAGAAAUUUAAACAUAAAUUUACAAAGAGCGAAAAUCUGCAACUUUUAAUCUUUUUCUUUUUUAAAUGAAGGCCGUAAAUGGUACACUCUGGACGUCACAGAACAGGCACGUGAUUGGAAAUUUGGCGCAAACUAUGGUCUACUCCUGCGAGAUACUCACGAGCGAGUCCAAGGACGCGACUUUCGGUUUGCCAGUAAUGCCUACCAGGAUCGCUCAAAACAUGCUUAUGUAACCCUGACGUGCUGGGUCCAAUAUUGAGUGGUGCACAGGAGGAAGUAGUGAGGAUAUACAUUCUCCUUUUGAAUGGACUAAAUAGAUGCUAGAAUCUUAGGGUAAAAUGAAUGGAUCAGAUGAAUGGUACAAUCUCAGACUAUUAAGAAAGUCGCUUUAAAUUUUUGUAUUAGAUGAUUUAAAACAAAAU